AGCAGCACAAACACGGCAAGCCGGCUCACCAUCACCACCAGCGAUCGCAGUCACUGAACCGGGGCGUUAGGGGGGCGAGCGGCGCAGGCGGCAGCCAGUGGAGUUCGACGAGGGGGGCGACCGGCGAGUUCGGCGACAUGUGGUGACAAAGGGGAGCGCCCCAGUGCCAGUGCCCGGCAGCAUCGAUGGGCAACAAGCUCAGCUGUUCGUGUGGUCCUAUUAUGAGUAUGAGAAAGGCGUAUAGGUACGAGGAUUCGCCGUGGCAGACAUCGAGGAGGAGGGACGGACACUUACUGAGAUUAUGGGCAGAGGUGUUUCACGUAGCCGCUGGAAGUGGCCAAGCAAAAUGGCAGCAAGUGAGUGAAGAUUUGGUACCGGUCAAUAUCACCUGCAUUCAAGAUUCUCCAGAGUGCGUAUUCCACAUUACUGCUUACAAUUCCCAAGUAGACAAAAUUCUGGAUGUGCGGCUGGUGCAACCAGGAACUCGAAUAGGACAAGCCUCGGACUGUUUCGUAUAUUGGAAGGAUCCCAUGACAAAUGACACAUGGGGUCUAAACUUUACUUCUCCCAUCGAUGCCAAGCAGUUUAGGGAAUGUUGUUCUGAUCUGUUGCAGUCGCCGUCUUUCAAGUUUAGCCGCAAGGCGUCGUCAUCGUACAGUCUGAAGUUGGAACCGCCCAACAAGCAAAAACUGAAGACGGCCGGCGGAAAACGAAAACCUCUUAGCACGCCCGCAUCGCCUAGCAGGCCGCCCGCUUCCGCCAGAGAACCACAGUGCACUUGCAUGACUUCGGAACAGUACGCCAGGCUCAAGGCGCAGGAUCCCAGAUACAGGGGGUCUUCGACGCUUCCCAGGGCGACAACUAGGGCGACAGAUACAGAAGUCAGGAUAGAGAAAGUAACCGCCGCAACAUCUUCCACUAGUCUCUAUGACAACGUUGGUGCUACGCAGACUGCAUCUAAUCAAGGGGAAUAUAAUCAAGGUACAAAAGGGGCACAAAGGGAGGGUAGCCAAACAAGGCAAAUGCGAGACAGGGGAGUACAACCUCAAUUGGAUAAUAGUACUAUGACCGGUACUAACUCAGCUACUGGACCAAAGACUGUGACUGCCUCAGUGGGUACUGAAAACUCCGUUGGAUCUCAAAUAAGCCAGACUGAAUCUCAAGCCCAAACCCAAUCGGCAGAAUCCUCGAAAUCGGAGGGAACCCAAGCGGGCGGUACAUUGGGUCCCAACACCAAGUCAUCGUCGACUUCGACUCGGCCACCUCUUAGAGACAACAUUCACCAUGUGCUAACCAAUACCAAAUCCGUAGAUUAUUCUGAGAUUGAUAUGGUAAGGGACGCCGAACUGCGUGCUGCUCAUCACCAUAAUGUAGUCAAUAACAACAUUAAUACUAGAAGGAAUAAGUCUAAGAGUACUGAAGAUAUGAAUAGGGAAAACGGUAUGAGCUUAGAUAGUAACACGUUAAAACGAAUGCUCAAGCCUAUGCCGAGUACCGAAAGUCCUGUAACAUCACCAGAAAUGGGUAGAAAACGAUAUAAUUACUACAAUACUCAUCAUCAUCUGAGGCAUCCAAACAACAACGGUCGUUACUCAGAACCGGAAACGGGACAUCCACACCCGCGAUCAGCCAUGGCUCAGAAUUCUAGGUUUUCUGGAUCAAGGGGCUCUUUUAGAUCGUCCCAUGAUCUGGGCAGGGGCUAUCCAGGCCGAGGACUCUAUCUGGAACUAGAAAGAGGAGCUGGUGGUGACUUUUCUCCGCCUUCCGAUAACGUUAUAUUCGAUAACCAAUGCUAUGCCACAACUCCCAGCUCCAGCAAUGGAAAUUCUGAUCCCGAACAAACCUCGCACCAUUAUGGAAGACAUCGCCACAUGCACCCACAAAAUGCCAAUAAUACUCCAACACCUGGUUCUCCAACGAGCCGGCUGCUUUUAGAAUAUGAAAUGCAUCUGAGGAAUACUCUUGCAAAAGGAAUGGACGCAGAAAGUUAUAGCUUACAUACAUUCGAAGCUUUGUUGACUCAGAGUAUGGAAAAUCUCGAAUUUGCAGAGAGUUUACCAGGAUCUACCCAAAGAAGUCCUUACCCCUCUAGAAAAAGACCAUCAUCCAGUGCUUCCAUGAACAAAUCCUCAACUUUACCACUAUCUCAUCGACUAAAUACCGCUCCUAGAGAUAGAGUAGAAAGAGACAGAGAUGGUUACUAUAGUGAUCGAAACGAAUUGUUAAGAGAGAGAGAAAAGGACAGAGAACGAGAACGUGGAUAUUUAAGCGAUCACAAUUCGAG